AUGCCUCGCGCACCUCCUUCUAUCCAGGAGGAGGACAACUAUAACAUAGAGAUUGAUAAGGGCUCGGACUUGGAAAGAGAAGCCACAGAAGAUUUAAGUUCCUUCAAGUUUAAAACGAGGCGACUAUUCACCAAGAGAAUCUUCAUAUCCCUCCUGAUUUUUGUAUUUUUAAUCCUCUCAGUCGCGUUAAUAGUAUACACGUUCUUCUCCAAAUCGCUAUCAGAUCGUAAAUUCUCCAAAAGCUUGUCGAAACAUGUAGAUGAGACCCACCCGACUCUGAGCAAGAAGUUAAAGGACACUCUGCAGAGCGAGCUAAACGAUCUGUACACGCAGAGGGCAAUCUCUGACAAUUAUCAGGUCGAGCUGGAGACCCUCAUCGAGUUCCACAAGUUUAUGCACAAGUACAAGAAGCAUUACGAGGGCAAGGAGCGCAGUAAGAGACACCUGCUCUUCCGCAGAAAGUACUUCGACGUCAGGGACCAGAAAGGUGAGCGUUCGUACAUGAAGGGCAUCAACAAGUUUAGCGACCUCACGCCCGAGGAGCGAAGAAAGAUGCUAUCGAACCUGAACCCGAUUAAAAACACCAAGGACCACAACAAGUCUGAGGAGCUCGACGAGAUGCUGGGAAGGCACUUAACCGACCCAGCAUACCUCUCGAAGCUCAAGAUUGCCAAAAAUUUUGAGAAUUGUAUCACAGACGCCACGAAAAUCACGGGCGAAAACCUGGACUGGAGGCGUGCAGACGUAGCGAGUCCUAUAAAGGACCAGGGCGACGACUGCGGCUCGUGCUGGGCUUUCGCAGCAGUCGCCUCAGUUGAAAGCCUUUUCAGAAUGCUGCAGGAUACAAACAUCGAUUUGAGUGAACAGCACCUGAUCAACUGCGUCAAGAAGUGCAACGGCUGCAAGGGAGGGUUCUCGGACGUGGCACUCAACUUUGUCAAGAACAAGGGCCUUCCGGAGACCAGCGUGGUCCCCUACACAGCCAAGGACGGUCAAUGCACCGAUCCGGAUACCGACAGAUACUUCAUUGACUUAUUCACUGUGUUAACCGGCGACGACAUCCUCAACAAGUCCCUGGUUUACUCCCCGACCGUGGUCACCAUUGGAGUGUCCGAUAAACUGUUCGACUACAAGCGCGGCAUCUACGACGACGAGUGCUCAGUCCAGAUGAACCACGCAGUGCUUCUGGUCGGCGAGGGAUACGACCCCGAGAGCAAGAAGCGCUACUGGAUCAUAAAAAACUCCUGGGGAGCCGACUGGGGGGAGGACGGCUACCUCAGACUCGAGCGCACUAAGGAUGGUCUCGACAAAUGUGGAAUUUUAACCGCAGGGUUAAAUCCUUUUAUAACUCAUUAUGUCCCUCACGAAUAUGUGGGAAACAUGUGGUUCUAA